UAGUACCCAAAACCCGAAUAGAAUUGAGGAACCGCCUCUGAUGAUUACAUAAUCACUGUCAGAAGUUGCAGAGCUUUCUCUCUCAGAAACCCUAACCCCCGUCGCUCCCCAAAAUCGUAGCUUCCCUCCAAAACCCGCAUUGCAAAACCCUAAUUCGUCGUUCUCGUCGGCAAUGACGAAGGUGUACGGAACAGGCGCGUACGAUUUCAAGCGCCACCAUGUUGCCGAGUACCCGGUGGAGCUGAACCAACAGCUCGGAGACAAGCCGGUGCGGCGCUGCCGAGCUCGAUAACGCUGUCGGAGAUUCAGAGGGACCAGCUCACUAUGAUUGCCGCUGCGAAUUGGUCCAAAACCGGCGGCGACGCCGCGCAGGUGAAGAAGGCGUUCGACCCGGAGCUGGUGAAGAAGAUUUACGAGACGGAGUUGUGUGUGAAGGAGGGGCAGAGGAAGACGGUGCCAUUGCAGAGAGUGAUGAUUUUGGAGGUCAGCCAGUACUUGGAGAACUAUCUCUUUCCCAAUUUCGAUCCCGAAACGGCGACGUUCGAGCACGUUAUGUCCAUGAUUCUCAUGGUCAAUGAGAAGUUUCGAGAGAAUGUGGCAGCUUGGGUAUGCUUUCAUGACCGGAAAGAUGCGUUUAAGGGAUUCCUUGGGAGGGUUCUUCGGCUUAAAUCGGAAAGAGAAUUAAGUAUAGCAGAGAAGACAAAUUAUCUAGUAUUCAUGAUAAAUGCAUUUCAGAGUUUGGAAGAUGAGAUAGUCAGUGAGACUGUCCUUAGGUUGGCAAGUUUCCAAUCCUGGCACAGUUUGUCGUAUGGUCGUUUUCAGAUGGAGCUAGGUUUAAAUUCAGAUUUGAUCAAGAAAUGGAGAAGGAUGAUAAAGAGGGAAGCUGCAAAACAUGGAGAGUCUUUUAACCCCUCAACUACACUUGAACUCCAGUUUUUGAGAAACCUCAUCGAAGAAUUUGAAAAACAACAAAGAUUGAUUUGCUGGAGAUGUCUUGCUCAAUUGAUCAGUAUAACAUAUAUACAAGAAUACAGCUUGAUUCUAGGAUACAAAAAGGAAAACUAUUCUAGCCUUAUUAAUGCCUAAUAACACAGAAUCAAUGUGAUGAUUCAGAUUGAAUGUGUUAAAUGUUGACACAGAAUCAAUGUGAUGAUUCAGAUUGAAUGUGUUAAAUGUUGACAGCUAUACUAAGCUAAUUUUGCUCUACUUUCCAACACUCCCCCUCAAGGUGGAGAGUGAAUAUCCUGCACACCCAACUUGCGAAUCAUAAGCUCGAAGUCCUCUUUGCCAACAACUUUAGUCAAAACAUCAGCCAGUUGAUUUCCAGAACUCACAAACCGUAUCUCCACUGAACCAUCUUGG